CCGCGCAGGGCCCAGUGCGACAAGGACCCACGGCCUCGGCGACGCUGGAGGAUGCGGCGGCGGUUCCGGGCGGCAGCAGCGGGCCGCCUGACGCCUUGCAGGUCAGCAGUUGAGUAGCUGGGGCCCCGGACGGCUUGAAGCCUUUUCACAGUGAUGGCGGAGAAGCGGCCACAGGGCACCCUGGGGCCCAUGAUGUACGGCAAGCUGCCCCGUCUAGAGGCCGACUCUGGACCCCGGCACAGCUUGGCCCCCUCUGCUGCUAACCAAGACCCCUGCAACUAUAAGGGUGCCUACUUAUCCUGCCCCAUGGAGGGUGCUCCCAAAGCAGCGUCUGAGCGGUUGGCGUCCUGGACCUCAUACCCACCUUUGUAUCCUACCAGCAUAGCAGGACCCCCACUUCGGGAAGACAGCCUGUUGACCAGCUGUCUGCUCUAUCGCCCACCAGCAGGAAGCUCUGAGAAGGUGCAGGAUUCUGGCCCUGUUGAGCUCCUGCCCUUCAGUCCCCAGGCUCAUUCCUACCCAGGCCCACCGCUGGCUGCUCCCAAACCUGUCUAUCGCAGCCCUCUGUGUUACGGACUCUCGGCUUGCCUGGGGGAAGGGGCUGCGAAGAGGUCAUUGGAUGUUGAUUGGACACUGAUGACUGGGCCCCUGUUACCCCCAGCCGACCCACCUUGUUCUCUGACCCUGGCUCCUGGCAAAGGUCAGUCCGUGGAUGGCACCUUUUUGCGUGGAGUGCCAGUUGGGGGAUCUGGCAGAAACUCCUCUGGGAGCUUCUCCCCAUGCCAGGCAUUCCUGGACAAGUAUCAGACCAUCCAUAGCACGGGCUUCCUGGCCUCCAAGUACGCAGGUCCUUACUCUGGGGAUCCCAAGCAGUCAUUGUCUGAGGGAUUCCCCAGUCCUUGGACCCAGCUGGCCCAACCGUUGGGGCCAGCCUACCAGGAUACAGUGCCCUCCCACUACCCACUUCCGCCUCCUCCACAGGCCCUGUCUUGCCCUCCAGCCUGUCACCACUCGGAGAAGCAGAGCAACUAUAGCUCGGUGCCCCCGCUGCAGCCUCUGGGAGCCCACAAGGGAGUUGGGUACCUGGCUGGUGGGCUGAACGGCCCCUACCUGAGGCACCAGACAGCCCAGACACCCUGUAUGCCCCCAGUGGGGCUGGACACUUAUUCCUACCCUUCUGUCCCCCUCCCAACAGCCUCACCAGGCCUCAAGGUGGAGCCACCUCUUGCUCCACGGUGCCCGCUAGACUUUGCUCCCCAGUCACUAGGCUUUCCUUAUGCACGGGACGACCUCGUUCUCUGUGGAGCAUCCCCAGGGCUCAGAGGGACACCACUUUCCCAGAACAGUGUUCAGGCUGUUCCACAGCCCAGUGCUGUCCAGCAAGUGUGCCAGCCUAUGCCUGCCAGUCAGCCAUGCCCAGAGCCUCUGAGGCCUACAGAGAAGUCAGUGCGGGAACCUCAGGAGACCAUGUGGCUGCCAAGCUGCAGGAAAGAGCAGCUCCAGCCCCAGCUCAAAGAGCACCCCGGGGCACCCAUUGUCAUCGGAGAUAGCCCAGUUCCCCGCACCCCACCAGCACUCCCAUCCUGUGCCCAGGAGCACCAGUCUCUUCCAGAGAACCAGGGCACACUGUCCCCUGGCUCUCCACCCAUGCCCAUUAUCGACAAUGUCUUCAGCCUGGCCCCCUACCGUGACUAUCUAGAUGUGCAGACACCGGAGGCCACAUCUGAACCUGACCCAGCCCCAGCCCCCAAGGAUAGCCAUGACAAAGACUCCAGGGAGACUCCACCUGCCCAAGAGGCCCCUUUGAGGGUGCACUGCUCACUGAGGGAGGAGGUGGCACUGGACUUGAGUGUGAAGAAACCCGUGGCAGAGGCUUCUCCUGUCAAGGUCCCUAGCCCUGCGGUGCACUCCAAGCUCCCUGUAGCCGUGGGUGUGCCAGGCGUGGGGAGCACAGUCUCAGAGCUGUCUGGGGUGCCAGAGACCACAGAGGCCACCCCAAAGACCAACUUCCACAGCUCUGUGGCCUUCAUGUUUCGAAAAUUCAAGAUCCUCCGGCCAGCACCCUUGCCUGCAGCUAUGGUCCCAUCCUUGCCCACCUCGGUCCCUGCCUCUGACCAGCCUGCACCCACCUCUACAUCCAUGCCCAUUGGACUACAGAUUCUCACCCAGCCCUUGCCUGUGACCUGCUUUGAUCUCGCCCUGCCCAGUUCUCCAGCUGUAUCGGUGGCCGCCCCAGCUCCUACUGUGGUUCCAUCAGCUGCUCCAGCCCAGGCUCCAACUCCAGCUUCCACCCCUGUCACAGUGGACUCCCCAGAGCAAUACUUUGCAGGGCUGCAUGAGUCUCUGUGUGAUGCCAUUUCAGGCUCCGUGGCCCACUCCCCACCUGAGAAGCUGCGCGAAUGGCUGGAGACGGCUGGGCCGUGGGGCCAGGCAGCAUGGCAGGAUGGCCAGGCUGUUCAGGGGCUGCUGGGCAAGCUGCUGUCCCAGCUGCAGCGCUUUGUGUGCACGCAGCAGUGCCCCUUCCCCCAUGUGGUACGGGCUGGCGCCAUCUUCGUGCCCAUCCACCUGGUGAAGGAGCGGCUCUUCCCGAGGCUGCCACCCGCUUCUGUGGACCAUGUGCUGCAGGAGCAUCGAGUGGAGCUGCGACCCACCACACUGUCAGAGGAGCGUGCAUUGCGGGAGCGAGCCCUCCGUGGCUGCACCUCGCGCAUGCUGAAGUUGCUGGCGCUGCGCCAGCUGCCUGACAUAUACCCUGACCUGCUGGGCCUGCAGUGGCGUGACUGUGUACGCCGCCAGCUGGGUGACUUUGACACUGAGGCUGGAUUUGCGCCCUCCUCAGAACACACCAUGGCCAGAGAUGAGCCAGAGAGCCUCUCCCUGGCUCAGAAGUCACCCAUCCCCAAGGCCAGGAAGCUGGGGAGGAAGCCACCAACUCCUAUCCUGGAGAAAGCAGAGGCAACUGCUGGGGGAGGGUCUCACGGUGCCUCACCUGCCCGUCGUGCCAAUGCUAGCCCACCCAGCCCCACACUGAGGGCCCGCUGCCGAAGACUGCUGACAACUGCCUGGCUUAAUGGCCUGGCACUGCCCACUUGGGGCCACAAGGCCUCAGGAGCAGCUCUGCCCUUGCCCUGCCCACAGCUGUUGAGCAGCCAGAGCCAUCACCUGUAGGACUGGUGGCUGGCGCUGUUUGGACAGCUACUCUUUGGUAAUCACUCUACCCCUCCCUUCCGCUGGCCAGCUUCCCAGGUGAGGAGUGGAUAUGCCCUCAGAGUUUCUCAUUUCAUUCUUAGAGAAGACCUGUGUGCUUUGGAGUUCGACCAACUAGGGCUCAGAUCCUGGCUCCUAUGUUUCUUGCUGCCUAAUUGGGCAAGUCACUUCCUCUCUUGAGCCCUUAGUUCCCCACUUGUAAAAUGACAACACAGCCUACCUCACAGGGUUGUUGUGGGAAUGAUACCUGACACAUGGUUUGCUCUCUGCUUCCUUCCCAGGACAGGGGCCCAGGUCCCAGCUAAGGCCUGGACUAUGAGGCUGAGGCAGAUGGAACCUCCAGAAAGUUUUUAUGUGUCAUAGGACUUUGUUAUCUUGGAGUGGUACAGUCCAUCCCACACUCUUUCUAGAGUCAUUCCCCACGAAAGCCUGGGGUUACAGCCCCACAGUUUGGGCUUGGGCCCUAAACCCCAGCCUGCGGCUCCCUGGGGGAGUCCGCCCCUCCCACCCCCUGCUACAGGGGUGCAGGGAUACUGCCUGGGGCUGGCGCCCUUGUUCUGGGCCUGCUGUUCUUACUCCUGGGACAUCCCAGGCCUGUCCUAAGUUGAUAGCAGUGACUGCCCUGAACUACCAACCUCACCUAGUGUAUUAUCCCAAGAAAGCUGUAUGUUUGCUGGAAGCCAAGCAUCUUCAGGUACUAGAAGGGACAGACUGAGUGACAGCUCAGAGUUGGGAGGUCUCUGAAGAUAUGGACUAAAGACCUUGCAGCUCUCCAAGCUAGAGCCCCCUCAGCCAGGCCUGCAGUGGGUUACCUCCUUGCAGUGCUAAAGUGAGCCCAGAGUCUGGCAAGUUGGGUCCUGGAGACCCCCCUGCCCAGGAGGCCCCUUGAGGGUGCAUUGCUUGCUCACUGAGGGAGGAGAUGGCACUGGACUUGAGUGUGAAGAAACCCCUGGCAGAGGCUUUCCCUGUCAAGGGCCCUAGUCCCAUGAUGCACUCCGAGCUCCUUGUAGCUGUGGGUGUGCCAGGCGUGGUGUCCCUGCAGAGACAGUCUCGGGCAGGCCGUUAAACAUUAAAGCACGUGGGUUGGUUUGGGAUCUGGGAUUUAGCUCUGUGUGUGGGGGGGGGGGGGAGGUUGUGGGUUUUAUGUGUCUUUACCAGGUGGUUGGCCCUUCACUGGGAUGCUGCAGCUAUUCUUGCUGCUGUCCCAGAGGGCUCUCAUGCAGCCUUGUCCCAGCUAGCUCUGGCCAUGUGGGCCCUUGUCACCUGUCCACUGGGCAGCCACUUAACCUGCUCAGGAACCCCCCCGAGACCCUCAUAGGUCCUAGUGGUUGCUGAUCUGUAGCCCACAGCCCGGUGAGACAUGCUGGUCUCCAGGCCUGAGCAUA